UGCGAGUGAUAGUUUAUUUUUCUUAAAAAUGGUAAUGCACGGUGUUCACUUUUCGAUUGCAUCUUCACUUUUUAAUGGCAUCCAAGGCAGUCGAGGACACAACAAUGGCCGACGAAAACGCGCGAACCGGACAUAACCGGACAGCAAGCAGAGACGACAAUAACCGUCUCAAUCACGCCUGCGAUGGAGGAUUCUUAUCCGGUGCCGAUCUAGACGACGACGACGACGACGGAUUUUCCGACGACCCAGAGAGUUCCGAUCCCGACACCUCCGAGUCAAGGCCGCUGUCGGAUCUGGCGGCGAGUCUCCGUGUCUUCUCCGAGUCGAUGCUGAGGAUGGAGCUCGCGGAGAUGGAAAUGGUCAAGGCGAGGGAAGCUUCGAGGUACGAAGCGGAGAAGCGGCGAGCGGAAAUGGAGGGAGAGUUGACUCGGAUGGUGUUGCAGACUCAGUUGCAGGUCGCAUCAUUGGUUGGAGGACAGAGUUCGAGUAGAAAAAGGAAGCGAGAAGAAGAAGAAGAAGAAGAAGACUCGACUGAGUUUUCGCUUGAUCGACUCACUGAGUUAGUCUUCGUCGGUCAUUGAUUGUAUUUAUUGCAGGGUAAGCGCCUUGCCGUCAGUCUACUACCAUGCAACUCGAUCCCGCGACCAGUUGACUCCUCAUGUUAAGCUUUUUUUAAUCUCUUUUUUAAUAAUAUUUACCACUUUUUCAACUCUGCUUUGUGUUUAUAUAAGUACUGUAAUUUUUUGAAGAAUAA